AUGCCCCAGCAGCAAGAGCGUGUCUUGUCCGGAUGGGCUGUGGCCCAGGCUAGCACAGCUAGCGCACAAAAGCCGGGAGUGCUUCUAUCGAGCGGUAGCAGUUCUGAAGAUUUGUUCGAAUUUUCUUUUGAAACUCUUCGAGCUAAUGUCUUUAGAACACGAUUUACAUCCAAGUCGCACCCCUUGCCGCCUCACCCUAGUGCGCGGCCCAUGGAGGCAGAGCUGAACGGGGUCAAGUUCUCCGUCUCAUUGCCUUCUGAUACUGCAAAGGAAAUUGCUAUUGGAGACGUUCUUGUCAAACUUGAUUGGACAGAAUCAUCCCCGAUACUCUCUGUGGCAUAUGCUGAGAGCAAAGAUGUCCCUAUUUUGCAGGAUCUGCCUUUUCGUGGCUAUGUGGUCGAUGGACCAGGCGUGGCCCAUUACACACGCUACAACCGUGGCACACUGCACGUCGGCCUGGGAGAAAAGGCCGCGCCCAUGGAUCUAUCCGGAAGAAAAUUCGAGAUUUCAGCAACCGACAGCUUUGGAUACGAUGUCUAUCACACAGAUCCUCUGUACAAGAAUAUUCCACUGCUCAUCAAUGCGACUCCAGGCGGUUGUGUCGCGACUUUCUCUACCAGCCACACCCGAGGGCUAUAUUGCAUCGGCUCGGAGAUGGACGGCAUGUGGGGGCGUUACAAAGUCUUUCGUCAGGAUUACGGCGGUCUCGAAGAAUAUACCAUUGUUGGCAGGACCCUGAAGGACAUUGUGCGAACCUAUGCCGAACUCGUCGGCUUUCCUCUCCUGGUUCCACGAUGGGCGUUUGGAUACCUCUCUGGCGGCAUGAAAUACUCUAUGCUCGACGACCCACCGGCAUCAGAGGCUCUCUUGGAACUUGCCCUCAAAAUGAAGGAAUACGACAUUCCCUGUUCCGCGUACCAAAUGUCUUCCGGAUAUACCGUGGCCGAAAAGCCGCCCAAGACUCGCAACGUAUUUACGUGGAACCGACACCGCUUCGCCGAUCCCAAAGGAUGGGUGGACGAGUAUCACAAGCUCGGCAUGCGGCUCAUUGCUAAUGUGAAGCCGUAUGUGCUGGCCAGCCAUCCCGAGUAUGAGAAGCUCAAGGCCGCCAAUGCCUUCUUUACGGACCCCAGCACCGGGCUACCUGCUGUCGCUCGUCUUUGGAGCGCAGGCGGUGGUGAAAGUGGCGAGGGUGGUCACAUCGAUUUUACAUCUAAAUCAGGCUUUCGGUGGUGGUACGAUGGUGUCAAGAAGCUCCGCGAAGAGGGCAUCGACUGCAUCUGGAACGACAACAACGAAUAUGUUAUCACUGAUGAUAACUGGGAGUGUGCGCUCAAUCUGUCGUCUCUGGAGAUCCCAGAAGAGCUGAAAGGGCGACCACAAAUCGGCGUCUGGGGUAGAAGCCUCCACACCGAACUACACGGUCAAGCCUCCCAUGACGCACUCGUCGAUACUGAGCCCGAGGCCCGACCCUUCGUCCUGACGCGCAGUGCGACAGCGGGAACCAUGCGAUAUGCAUGUAGCUCAUGGAGCGGUGACAAUACGACCAGCUGGGAGAGCAUGAAGGGGUCCACUGCGCUUGGCCUGAAUGCUGGUGUUUCGCUGCUUCACUGUUACGGUCAUGACAUUGGUGGCUUCGAGGGACCUCAGCCGUCGCCCGAGCUGCUUCUCCGCUGGGUACAGCUCGGCAUCUACUCACCACGUUUCGCCAUCAACUGCUUCAAGACAUUCACCGAAAAUAACGUCGGUGAUGUGAUCGAACCGUGGAUGCACCCGUCCAUCACCCACCUUGUCCGCAAAGCAAUCAAGCGUCGCUAUGCCCUCAUACCAUAUAUCUACUCGGCCAUGAUUGACAGCCACCGUGAGGCCACGCCUCCCCAACGUUGGGUGGGCUGGGGCUACGAGAAAGACCCAGAAGUGUGGAAGAAGCCGCUGACAGAUGGAGAGACACAGUACUGGUUUGGCGAUUCCAUUAUUGUCGGGGGUGUGUUUGAACCUGGCGCGACGCAAGCUACAAUUUAUCUGCCUAGUUGUGGCGACUCCGACGAUGGCUACGUCAACAUGAAUGCGCCGUAUCAGUAUCUCGAGGCGGGCCGGUGGGUUACAGUUGAUGCAGAAUGGCAUGGUGCAGGUAUUGCGGUCAUCGCCAAGAUUGGCGCCGCGAUCCCAACCGGUCGCAAUGUGCAAGUUCUUUCUCCGGGCGAAAAAGAAAACGUUGCUAGUCUACCUCUUGAUGACUACCGUGCAGUCGAGAUUUUUCCUCCGCAAAGGAGCUCCAGCGGCAAGUGGUAUGAAACUACGUGGCACGAGGACGAUGGUGUUUCGCCGGUGGAAAAGAAUAAGAUUUCCUCAUACACUGUUUCAUACAGCGCAUCAGAUGACGCAGUCAACAUCAGAUUCAGAAGAGAUGAAGGCUCUGGGUUCAUCGCAGCUUGGAAGAAGCUUGUUGUGGUGCUGCCUGCGGGAGACGUGCGAGUUGUCCGGUGCAGCGAUGGUCGUGCAGUCGCCGACUUGGGUAGGGACGGGCAGGGACGCAGGAGAUUCGAAUUCUGA